ACACCCAAAAAUACUAGAUGUCGAAGAGCCCCCAGACAUGUUCUAGCAGCUCCCCCCUGCACGGUGGGAGGCAAUCGCGCACUUCCACCGGAUCGCUCUGUGCACGCCUCCCUGGCCCAGCAUUGAGAUGCAUUUGACAAACAAGGCUGCAGAGCGAAAACUUGGAAUGGCCAUGAAAGGCAUUGAACUCUUACUAGCCCGUUUGCGAGUGGAGGCAGGGCUUGCUCCCGACGAGAUUAUUGGGAGAGCUAUCGGCUCUCGGCUCGGAGGUCGGACCUGGAUCGAACACGUUGAAGAAGUCCUGGAGUCGCUCCUGUCGCAAUACAGGUCCAGGAUAGGCCCAACUCGACUUUUCGAGCGCAUUAUCGUCGCCCUCUAUAUCUAUGGCCAAUGGGCUGGCGAGUCCAGGUAUCCAUUCCACCCUUCCAUCCUCAGGGCGAGGUGCUUGCUCUGGAUCUUUUCCCAGGUACUCACCCUCGAAGCCAAGAUACUUUCCGGCUGCUCGUCGGCCCUCAUGAUGUUUGCGCGCGGGGGAUAUAUGAGGUUCGAGAGACCAUCUCUGCUUGAAAUGGCAGCAUCUCUCUUUGUGCCGCAUCCAGUCAUAACCCGAGCGACGGUUGAUGUCAUCGCUGAUGCAUUCUCUCUAUUCCAUACUCGCAACCCCCCUCCGCCCCUUCUCGGAGCAAUCUUUUUGAUUCUCCAAAACUCUACGCAUCUCUGUUUUGACUACCGCAUGGAUGGCAAUCUUCAGAGUCACAAGCUGGAGCUGCCACCGUCGAAUGUGUUCAACGAAGGGGCCCUAGCCAGUAGCGGAGCCAGGUCAAGCUGGCAGAUAUCUUGCCGACAGUGCUUGGAAUCGGUUAUGAGCUCAGGAGGGGUCGACCUGACCGUGCCGAGCGUGAACCUUUCGGUUGUGACAGGGUCAUAAAAAUGGUGAAAGUUUCAGGUCCUGAGGUCAUACACUUAUUAAGUUAUUUAACGCCCUGCAGCGUACCUUAUAUUGUUCGGAAUGAUGUCGUUGGGAAAGAAAUAUAUUAGCGCUGGGAACUCUGCAGCUCAAACAAACCAUUUGUAGGCGUACUUACCUUGGUCGAGCC